AUGCUUCAUAUCACGCUCUCCCUCACGCUUCACCCCACGCUCCCCCACACGCUUCACAUCACGCUCUCCCUCACGCUGUCCCUCUCGCUCUCCCUCACGCUCUCCCUCUCGCUCUCCCUCACGCUCUCCCUCACGCUCUCCCACACGCUCAGCCUCACGCUCUCCCUCCUGCCUGCCCUCACGCCUGCCUUCACGCUUGCUCUCAAGCCCUCCCUCACGCCUGCCCUCACGCUCCCCAUCACGCUCAUCCCCACGCUCAUGCCCUUUCUCUGGCAGUUGCUCCUUGUCAUCUACAUCUUCAACAAGUCUUCACUCAACUCCCCCUUCCCUACACAUCUGCGCAUCCCAUCCCAUGAGAAAGGAGGGCUGGAAGGCGACGAGGAGGAGGAAGCGAGGAGAGGAGGGCUUGAAGGCAACGUGGAGGAGGAAGCGAGGAGAGGAGGGCUGGAAGGCAACGAGGAGGAGGAAGCGAGGAGAGGAGGGCUGGAAGGCAACGAGGAGGAGGAAGCGAGGAGAGGAGGGCUGGAAGGCAACGAGGAGGAGGAAGCGAGGAGAGGAGGGCUGGAAGGCAACGAGGAGGAGGAAGCGAGGAGAGGAGGGCUGGAAGGCCCUUCCCUACGCAUCACACAACUCCCUUCCCUACUCAUUCCGCACGCCCCGGUCCUGUCCAUGCGCAUCACACAACUCCCUUCCCUACUCAUUCCGCACGCCCCAUGCCUGUCCAUGCGCAUCACACAACUCCCUUCCCUACUCAUUCCGCACGGCCCAUGCCUGUCCAUGCGCAUCACACAACUCCCUUCCCUACUCAUUCCGCACGCCCCAUGCCUGUCCAUGCGCAUCACACAACUCCCUUCCCUACUCAUUCCGCACGCCCCCUGCCUGUCCAUGCGCAUCACACAACUCCCUUCCCUACUCAUUCCACACGCCCCAUGCCUGUCCAUGCGCAUCACACAACUCCCUUCCCUACUCAUUCCGCACGCCCCAUGCCUGUCCAUGCGCAUCACACAACACUCCCUUCCCUACUCAUUCCGCACGCCCCAUGCCUGUCCAUGCGCAUCACACAAUUCCCUUCCCUACUCAUUCCGCACGCCCCAUGCCUGUCCAUGCGCAUCACACAACUCCCUUCCCUACUCAUUCCGCACGCCCCAUGCCUGUCCAUGCGCAUCACACAACUCCCUUCCCUACUCAUUCCGCACGCCCCAUGCCUGUCCAUGCGCAUCACACAACUCCCUUCCCUACUCAUUCCGCGCGUCCCAUGCCUGUCCAUGCGCAUCACACAACUCUCCCUUCCCUACUCAUUCCGCGCGUCCCAUGCCUGUCCAUGCGCAUCACACAACUCCCCCUUCCCUACUCAUUCCGCGCGUCCCAUGCCUGUCCAUGCGCAUCACACAACGCACCCUCCCGUACACGCACCCUCCCACACCACUCGUCCACUAA